AUGAGGUCCACGGGCUUCUGGAUGAGGCCAGCAGGAGUGCCCUGCAAGGCCACCAGCUGGCCAGAGGACAUCCUCAAGGUCUUCAAAGUGGAUGUGGCGGGGGACAUGGAGACUGUCCACCCCCCAUCCUUCUGCCAGCGCUGCUGGACGUUGGCCAUGCGAGGAGGGGGCUUCUGCAGCUUCUCCAGGACCCAUGUCCUUGAGUGGAGACCCCACACCACCCACUGCUCCCUUUGCCUACCUUUGCCCCUUUUGAAACCCUCCCUACAGCGGAAAGGGAGGAAGAGAAGGAAGCCCCCUCGUGGAGUCCCAACACCUGGCCAAGAGGACCAAGUGGGACGUCCAGGAUAAUGCUGAUACUGUUGGGGAGAAGAGAGCCUGGAGAACAGAGACAGAGCACCACCAGGGACCUGGCCUUAGACCCUGGGUGAGACCCAGCUUCCAGAGAGCUCAGUGGGUGAAGAGCAUAACCGUCUGCCAAAAAGAGCACCUGAGUGCCAGGCUGCUGACCGAGAACCUCCCUGUGGACUUCCUGAGCUCAGACACCUGUGAGGUGUGUGACCACCUGCUGUCUGUGUUACGGUCCGGCUCUGUUGGUCCUGUUCCUGUUGGUGUUCCUUUCCCUUUUCUCCCCUGUGUGUGUUGUUUGUGUCUGUCUCCCCCUGCUGUGCAGUCAGAGGUUCUAGGUCAGCGGGCGUGGCCAUUCUAUCAUCAGAUCAGUUACAUCAAGCUGCAGCUCAUUGGCACCAAUCAAGCAGCAGAUAUCUACCCGGGCUGGACACCUCUCCAGCGCCAGUUCGUUCCUACACUUCCAGUGGUAACUUGGCCCGUACAGCACUCUCAGUGUAGUUGUACUCUCUCAGUAUUAUUGUUGUUCCUGCCACGUUUUGUAACCUGUCUCUCCUUCGACCAGAUCUCGUCUGUUCCUGCUGCCUGCUUGCCUGCCUGCCUGCCUGCCAUUCCCACGCCGCUACCUGCUCCUCUGUUGCCUGAUAUCCUCGUUAUCCAGCUCUCAGGACUACUGGCUCUCCACUCCACUCAGCUCCUACCCCAGCCUGAAGCUAUUCCACCCUGACUACUUACCUCUGCCAAUACACGUUGAAUAAACUACAUCCUAAUUUUACUCUCUUUGUCCGUGUGUCCGUCUCUGCACCUGAGUCCCCCACCCAACCUAAUAGAACGAACUGGCCCAACAUGGACUCAGCAGAGAUGCCACAUGAAACAACGGAGGAUGGCGUACAACACGCCCUCCAUUCACAAGGAGUACUAUUGGGACAACACGACCAACUCAUCCGGACUCUAUUGGAUAACAACCAGCAGUUGUUGGAUCAAGUAUCUCAUCUCACCUCUCAGGUAGUUAACCUGGUAACACUCACUACCCUUUCUCCCUCUGCUUCUCCUCCGCCUGUUCCUCCUACAGUGGCUCCAGGCUCGGCUUCCGCUCCUGCCCUUCGGGAACCCCCUACAACCUCACCCGAACCUUUCACCGGGGACCUGAACAAGUGCCGUGGUUUCCUGCUUCAGUGCCGCUUGGUGUUCCAACAGAAGCCCCUGUCCUUCUCCACGGAAUCCUCAAAGGUACAUUACGCUCUGGGGUUACUGAGGGGCAAAGCUUUGAUUUGGGCAGAAGCGGCUUGUUCUACUCAGCAGAUCGCCAGCCUGUCGUUUGACGAUUUUUCCUCUCAAUUGAAAGUUGUGUUUGAUCACCCGGACCAUGCCGGGACCGCCACAAAGAGACUGUUGAAGCUACGACAGGGCAUGGGUAGCGUGGCUGAAUACGCCAUUGAUUUUUGGACCUUGGCAGCCGAUUCCAAGUGGAAUGACGAAGCUCUUCAGGGAGCGUUUGUUAACGGGUUAAGUGACACGAUUAAGAAUGAACUAGCUGUUCGUGAAGAGCCUGCUAACCUUCAUGUUCUCGUUUCCCUUGCUACACGAAUAGACCACAGGCUACGGGAGAGGAGACAGGAGAGGGGCGGUCGGGUCCACACCGCAGGCGGGGCUCCCUCGCUUUCUGCAACCCGAGCAACAUCACCACUCGGACACCGCCCACACACCUCAGCGGAUCCCUCCAUGGAACUAGACGAGCCCAUGCAGCUGGGCCGUGCUCGUCUGUCCCCUGCCGAAAAGGAACGGCGCAUGCGGGUUGGUGAGUGCAUGUACUGUGGGGACCGCACUCAUUUCCUGAUUAACUGUCCGGUUCGCCCAAAAAGACAAAGCUCGCAGGUAAAAGUGGGCGUACUUGCGAGUGCUACACCUGACUCAAUGCCCACAGCACCCCGUCUAGUUAUCCCAGCUACAGUCCAGUUCAGGAAUCUGUCUCUCCCAUUAGCUGCUCUCAUUGACUCUGGUGCUGAGGAUAAUUUUGUUGACGUUAACCUGGUCACUCAGGCGGAGAUCCCUGUUAAGCCCCUGCCUAAGCCUAUAACAGUAACCGCUAUAGACGGCCGUCAGUUUGCCAACAUCACCCACCAAACUGUCCCCGUUUCUCUCAUGCUGUCCGGCAAUCACAAAGAAACCAUCCAGUUUAAAGUAGUCUCCUCCUCGGCCUCCCCCCUUAUCCUCGGUUUCCCCUGGCUUAGCCUUCACAACCCCCAUAUUGACUGGCAAAACCACAAGAUACACAGUUGGAGCACUCACUGCCAUUCUGCUUGCCUUGGGUCGGCUAUUCCGCCCUCGGUAGGUUCCCCUGCUUCCCCUGUCAAAACCCCAGACCUCUCUUCAGUCCCUGAGGAGUACUUGGACCUGGCUGAGUUUACAGACAAUGAAGACUCCAGCAAUCCUGAACCUAUUCUUCCCGCUUCCUGUUUGGUGGCGGCGGUUCACUGGGAAAUCGAGUCCCUCGUCCGAUCGGCACAAGAGUCGGAACCUGGACCGGCCGAUGGCCCCCCCGACCUUCUCUAUGUUCCCGCAGCAGUGCGGCCGCAAGUGCUCAACUGGAUCCACACCUCGCGCUUCUCCUGCCACCCUGGUAUGAACCGUACACUGUCGCUACUGAAGAGGCACUUUUGGUGGCCAUCCGUCGAGACUGACGUCCGGGAGUACGUGGCGGCCUGCUCCAUCUGUGCCCAAAAUAAGGCUUCCCACCGGGCUCCUUCGGGCCUGCUGCGGCCUCUCCCAGUCCCGAGUCGUCCUUGGUCUCACGUGGCCUUGGACUUCGUCACUGGACUUCCUAUGUCUGAGGGUAAUGACACCAUACUCACCAUCGUGGACAGAUUCUCUAAAUCUGCCCAUUUUGUUGCAUUACCAAAAUUACCGUCUGCCAGUGAGACGGCCGACCUCUUUGUCCUACAUGUAUUCCGUCCCCAUGGAAUACCUGUGGACAUAGUGUCCGAUAGAGGUCCACAGUUCAUUUCUCGGGUAUGGAAGGAGUUUUGUUCUGCUCUGGGUGCCUCUGUCAGUCUCUCAUCAGGGUUCCAUCCCCAGUCCAAUGGCCAGACUGAGAGGACCAAUCAGGACCUGGAGGCUGCUCUACGCUGUGUGACAUCCCAGAACCCGUCCACCUGGGCCAAACAUCUCCCGUGGGUCGAAUAUGCCCACAAUUCCCUCACCUCAUCUGCCACCGGCCUUUCACCAUUUGAGGCGGCUUUGGGGUACCAACCGCCAUUGUUCCCGUCUCAGGAAAAGGAGUUAACCGUCCCGUCAGUUCAGGAUAACCUUCGUCGCUGCCGCAAGGUGUGGGUGGACACCCGUGAGGCCCUUCUACGGACAGCAGAGCGCAACAAGAGAGUGGCGGACAGGCACAGGGUAGUCGCUCCCCAGUUCCAGCCUGGUCAGCGAGUCUGGCUCUCCUCCAGCAACAUCCCCCUGCGCACUGACUCCCGUAAACUGUCGCCCCGGUAUUUGGGUCCUUUUGAGGUCGAAUCCAUCAUCAACCCUUCGGCUGUUCGGUUGAAGCUUCCCCAGGCCAUGAGAGUCCAUCCUACAUUUCACGUGUCCCAGCUGAAGAUGGUCUCCUCCAGUCCUUUGUGUCCGCCGGUGGAUCCCCCUCCGCCACCGCGCAUUAUUGACGACCAUCCAGCCUACACGGUUCGGAGACUGCUGGACGUCCGAAGGCGUGGUAGAGGGCUUCAGUACCUGGUGGACUGGGAGGGAUACGGUCCCGAGGAGAGGUCCUGGAUUCCCAGACGUUUUAUUCUGGAUCCUCAGCUAGUGAAUGACUUCCAUAGGGACCACCCUGACAAGCCGGGUGGGUCGCCGGGUGGCGCCCGUUGAGGGGGGGGUACUGUUACGGUCCGGCUCUGUUGGUCCUGUUCCUGUUGGUGUUCCUUUCCCUUUUCUCCCCUGUGUGUGUUGUUUGUGUCUGUCUCCCCCUGCUGUGCAGUCAGAGGUUCUAGGUCAGCGGGCGUGGCCAUUCUAUCAUCAGAUCAGUUACAUCAAGCUGCAGCUCAUUGGCACCAAUCAAGCAGCAGAUAUCUACCCGGGCUGGACACCUCUCCAGCGCCAGUUCGUUCCUACACUUCCAGUGGUAACUUGGCCCGUACAGCACUCUCAGUGUAGUUGUACUCUCUCAGUAUUAUUGUUGUUCCUGCCACGUUUUGUAACCUGUCUCUCCUUCGACCAGAUCUCGUCUGUUCCUGCUGCCUGCUUGCCUGCCUGCCUGCCUGCCAUUCCCACGCCGCUACCUGCUCCUCUGUUGCCUGAUAUCCUCGUUAUCCAGCUCUCAGGACUACUGGCUCUCCACUCCACUCAGCUCCUACCCCAGCCUGAAGCUAUUCCACCCUGACUACUUACCUCUGCCAAUACACGUUGAAUAAACUACAUCCUAAUUUUACUCUCUUUGUCCGUGUGUCCGUCUCUGCACCUGAGUCCCCCACCCAACCUAAUAGUCUGAGCCCGUCCAAUCCCCCUGCAGACACCUCUUCUGCCGCAGCUGCAUCACUAAAUACAUCUGCUCACUGGACCUCCACUGCCCGGCUUUCACCCUGCCCUGCGCCCCUGUCGACCUCACUGCCCCGGCUAAGGCCUUCCUUGGGGUGCUGCACUCCCUGCCGCUCCUCUGCCUCAGAGAGAGCUGUGGGGAGCGGAUACAGCUGGACUCCUUCAGCGCCAACUGCCUGGGUCAUCAGCUGGAAGAAGAGGAGGGUGGCCGCAGGUCUCCAGAGAAGAGCCUGGACAACUUCCUGCCUGUCAACAAAGGGGUAGGCCCCGACAGCAUCUCUUGUCACUGACGAGGCGCGCCCAGAAGCACCGGCUGAGGGACCUGAAGACCCAGGUGAAGGUGUCUGCAGACAAGGAGGAAGGUGGAGACACCAAGUCGGUGUGCCUGACCCUGUUUGUGCUAGCUUUGAGGGAGGGAAACGAACACCGGCAGGCAGACGAACUGGAGGCCAUGAUGCAAGGUUGGAGUCUGGGCAUUCAGGGGCUCACACAUAAAACCAACACGAUUUAAUGUAAUCACAGGCCUUGGUUCACUUAUUGUUAAGAUUAGAGUAUUGUAUGUUCAAAGAUACAGUUUGCAUAAACAUUCACAACUACGCACUGUAGGGGAUGUUUGUAAAUGAAAAAGCUUGAUACACAGUCUGUCUUCUCUUUCCUCUCCCUCUCUCUCUCCCUCUCUCACCUCUCCUCUCUCUCUCUCACACCCCCUCUCUCUCACCCCAUCUCUCUGUCGCUCCCCUUUGCAUUCUCUCUCUAAUGCACAAUAACAACUUUUGUCAAGAGCCUGUUAGGCUCAAAACAACAUCAGCAGCACUUGUAUCUGCAAAUUAUACUGGCAGCACAGUCCUCCACUCUGGGGAAUAGAGGCCAGCUGGAGUCUGUUUUCAUCUGCAGCCAAUACAUCAGUUUAUGCCAGCUUCACUGAUUCACCCCGCUGUCCCCGGCAUAACAUUUAUAAUGACAACAAAUGCAGGGGUGCAAUUAAGAGGUAUUCCCUACUGAAAUUAUCAGCAGAGUGCUAGAAUUAGCUUGUGGACUUCUGUCUUGGUACAUGCCUUUGUUUCUUCUUCUACUCUUUUCGCUCUUGCCGGUUCGAUCGAGCGAUAGUAGGCCCUGAGUCGUCGGCGCGAUGAGAAUGGAGAGAGCGUCGCUCUCAUGCUCUCUCUCUCUCUCUCUCUCUCUCUCUCUCUCUCUCUCCUCUCUCUCUCUCUCUCUCUGCCGGUUCCGAUGAUACGAUGUGGCCCUGGUGUCGGCCUUGAAGAACCUGGAGGAGGACAUCAUGGAGGGGCUGAGGGAGCGAGGCCUGGAGGACAGCACCUGUAUCUCAGGCUUCAGCGUCAUGAUCAAGGAGUCCUACAAUGGCAUGGGCGACUUUAGUGAGACAAGGCGGAGGGCCAGCCAUCCCGGAAAAGGUUGUGCGUUUCUCCAUCACCAUCAUGUCCGUCUCUAUAAAGGCUGAGGGAGAAGAUGAGGCGAUCACCAUCUUCCGGGAGCUCAAGCCCAACUCAGAGAUGUCUUGCAAGCUGCUCUGUCUGAUGUUUGUGGACGAGUCAGACCACGAGACACUCAGAGAAGUCCUGGGGCCUGUGGUGGCCAAAAGGAACGCUAUGAAGCACAGCCGUCUCAUUCUGUCUGUGGGCGGCCUUUCUCGUUCCUUCGGCUUCCACUUCAGGGGCACGGGCUACAACGAGAAGAAGGUGCGAAAUAUGGAGGGUUUGCAGGCUUCAGGCUCCACUUACAUCUGCAUGCUGUGUGAUGCCACUCGGGCAGAGGCCUCCCACAACAUGACUCUCUACUCUAUUACCUGCAGCCACGGUGGAGUGCUACGAGCUCUGGAGGACCAACCCUUAUUCUGAAUCCACUGAGGAGCUGCGAGACCAGGUCAAAGGCAUCUGCCAAGCCCUUCAUGGAGACCCAGCCGACCCUGGACGCCUUGCGCUGCAAUAUCGGCAACGCCACCGAGUUCUACAAGAUCUUCCAGGAUGAGAUAGGGGAGGUCUACCACAAUGCCAACCCCUGCCAGGAGCAGCGUAGGAGCUGGCGGGCCACCCAGAGGAAGAAGAUGAAGUUGAGGAGGCGGUGUGUGAGCUAUUGCACUUAGAGGAGCGGCAGGAGGCCCUGAGGGAGCUGAUGGGGCUCUACCUCCAGAUGAAGCCUGUGUGGCUCUCCAUGUGCCCGGCCAGGGAGUGCCCAGACCAGCUCUGCCGGUAUAGCUUCAACUCCCAGCGCUUCGUAGAGCUGCUCUCCACUGUCUUCAAGUACAGGUAUGAUGGCAAGAUCACCAACUACCUGCCCAAGACUUUGGCCCACGUGCUGGAGAUCGUGGAGAGGGCUGGAAGACGUGCUGAAGCACCACUGGCUCUACACCUCUAA